AUGGCAACUGUUGUGUAUCUCAAAAAUCUAUCACAAUCUUGCUGGAUCAAAAAUAAGACCCCACUUGAGAAGUUUGCUCAUGUCAAGCCUAACUUAUCCAAACUCAGAGUUGUUGGAUGUGCGGCUUGGGCGCUUGUUUGGAAAGGCGCUCGAGAUAGUAAGCUUCAACCUGGUGCAACUUUGUGCUGUCUUUUUGGAACUAGAUCGAUCCAACUCACACCCACUUCUCAAACGAGUACUUCAAGCAUCUCGACCCCGGUCAAUGCAUUCAAAGUGGUGGGAGGUGAAGAAGUGAUGGGAGAUGUAGAAGUGGUGGGAGAUGAAGAAGGGGUGGGGGAUGAAGAACUGGUGGGAGCAGGAGGACAGGGAAAUGAAGGGCAAAACGAAGUAGAGCAGGACAAUCAGGAUCAAUUGAACAAACUCGUUCGAUAUCCAGGAUGGCAAUAUGAGGAAGAACCUCGCCUUGCUCGAGAGCAUACUCCCUCACCCGAGCUGGAGGAACAACAACCGGAACAAAUGCAAACUCGCUCAGGUCGAACGUUUGGUCUUAUCUCCCAGUACCCAGAGUAUGAAAUUGAGCUGAACGAUUUCCUUGGUCGACCAGGUGAACAAGACUUCUCCCCUUUGGACGCUUGA